UCCCUUAUGCGCAAGUAGGUGGGACUUGUACAUUAAUGUCGUAAGAGAGGUUAUGCGGUUUGCUCUCAGUCGAGCUUUACUACUGGGGUUCGCGGCGUCACGAGGCACUGUCAGAGCUAUGUGCGCACAAGUUGAAGACUGGCAGAACGCCAAGGACAUUUAUGAGUUCUCCGCAAAAGACAUUGAUGGGAACGAGGUCUCAUUGGAGAAGUACAGGGGCUACGUUUGCAUUAUCACUAAUGUUGCUUCCAAAUGAGGAAAGACUCCAGUAAACUAUACUCAGCUUACACAGUUGCACGCCACGUAUGCUGAAAGAGGUUUACGAAUCCUGGGCUUCCCCUGUAACCAGUUUGGGAAACAGGAGCCUGGAGAUGAAGACGAAAUUAAAAAAUUUGCCAAAUCUUAUGGCGCAGAGUUUGAUCUAUUCUGUAAGAUAGAUGUAAAUGGACAGUAUGCUCAUCCCUUGUGGAGGUGGAUGAAGGAGCAGCCAAAGGGGAAAGGAACCUUAGGAAACAACAUCAAGUGGAAUUUUACAAAGUUCCUUAUUGACCGGGAAGGCAAAGUUGUGAAAAGAUUUUCUCCCAUGGAUGACCCAAUUGUUAUCGAGAAGGAUCUUCCUGAUUACUUGUAGAGCACCCCAAGCCCUUGGACCAAUGUCUCCUCUUCCUCCUCCUGAGAAGAUUCAGCUUGCAAUUUGUGUUUCCAAACCCCAGACUUAUGACGGCCUACCUAGAAAACCUGGUUUGGUCAGGGUAGGUAGACCUGAUGAAAGCAAGCGUGCAGCUAACUGGGAGGAACACCCAUUGCUGAGCUUUGGUCUUCCAGCGGGGAGGCAGCUGGCAGCUUUUUCAUUAACCAAUAAAAAAUGUGCUUCUAGUAUUUAAAAUCGG